GCUGCCAACAGCAAUCAUGGAAUAACCUCACCUUAAUUCCCCUUCUCCUCUCUUCCUCCUAAUCAACCACCUCCGCCAUGUCCUCCCCGUUCCAUCGCCGCCCGUUCCCCGACUAUUUUCUCUCCUCUCCGCUCGCCACCCUCAUCUACCCUCUCCAUCAACUGCUCAACCACCUCCGCGGCCCUCCUCACCUCCCACCUCCCGAUGCCCAACCCAUCCGCGUCGUCUGCAUCUCCGACACCCACACCCUAGAAUGGCCGGACAUUCCAGACGGUGACCUACUCAUCCACGCCGGCGACCUCUGCAACGACGGCAGCGCCCGCGAAAUCCAAGCCGCGGUCGACUGGCUCCGCAGUCUUCCCCAUCCACACAAGGUCGUCAUCUGCGGCAACCACGACAGCUACUUCGACGCCCGGUCACGUCUCCCCGAAGACCGCAACGAUAUCGGUGCCUCCACCUACGCCACCAUCUCCUCCUCGACCGCCUCCCUCCGCUCCCUCGACGACCUAGACGACCCCCAGCGCAUCGACUGGGGCGACAUCCACUACCUCCAACACUCCUCCAUCACGCUCACCUUCCCCCCAACCACCACCACCACCUCCUCCUCCUCUUCUUCCUCCUCCUCCAGACCGCGCACACUCACCAUCUACGGCGCGCCCCAAAUCCCCGCCAUCGUGCCCUUCGGCCCCGAACAUGCCUUCACCUACCCACCCCACCACGACGCCUGGUCCGGCACCAUCCCCCCCUCCACCGACAUCCUCAUCACCCACACCCCCCCGCAAUCCCACCUCGACCUCUCCCCCGUCUUCUCAACGGGAUGUCCCUACCUCCUCUCCGAACUCUGGCGCGUCCGCCCGGCCCUCCACGUCUUCGGCCACGUCCACGCCGCCUACGGCAUCGAGCGCGUCUUCUACGACGAAGCCCAGCGCGCAUGGGAACAGCUCUGCGCGUCGAGACGAACUCGCGCGCGUCUGUCCCGGUUGAGCUCCUUGUUCGGGUUUCUGAGAGAUCUAUUUGACAUCUCUGGCUUGGUGAACUCGGCACGAGUACUCGCGUACGGCGUGUUGGGAGUAAUCUGGGCUAGGAUUUGGGGUGGAGAGAAUAGAGCGUGUGGGUGGGUCGUGAAUGCCGCAUGCAUGUAUCGGGAUUCGGGCCGGUUGAGGAAUAAACCGCGGGUGGUUGUUUUGUAGAGAUGUAGAGGUGGGUAUUUGGGCACGUAUUGUACAUAGGUGAGGCGGCCAGUGUCGUGAGAAUGACUACGAAAGUGUAUCUAUUGUCUUCAUGGUGUUAUUUCCGGAUGACUUUUUUCUUUUCUCUAAAGAGGAUUGUACUCCGGAUAUGCGACAUCAUAGAUCUACAAUCAUCUUCUGAUAUAGU